CCGGUGCUCUUGUCGCUAUCCAGGGCUUAGACCUACCUAUGUAGAUCGUAGCCCAUUGCACAAGCAUAUCACAGAUGGUCAAUGCAGUCUCGAGUCGUCGCAUCAAGCCCACUGCGUCUUUGCGACGCAUCGACUAGUGCAUUGCGUGGCCGGUAGCUCGAUAGCGUAACAUGGGCAUUGUAUCCCGGACGAAAGCCACGUCAUGGCAAUUGACCCCAUGUUGGCCAACAUCGACCAGCCCGCGGUCGGCGUCAGUGUGAACAUUUCAGAACAAGAAACGCAUAUGGCUGUAAUUGAAACACAACGCGAAACCAACGACGAUGCCGAAUUCAUAUCGCUCCCUUGUGAGCUUGAGAGGAUUGCUGGCCAGGCUUGUUUCCGUGACAGUGACAAGGUGCACGAAGAUAUGGAGAGGCAAACUUGGAGCACCCACACUCUAUCAGUGUUCUCAUCAUUGGAGUCGAGACCAGUUACCCCUGGCGUAGAGAUAUGUCCGGAUAUAUCGGUGGAGCUAGAAAGAUCGGACAAUCUCCCAGAGAUUAUUGAUAUUAUCGCUAUUCGGAGAAAUUUCCGCGCUAUUGUAACGACUCCGGAACCACCAGAGAUGCCUCCCUAGAUAAGCGCCAAAUGCUUGCAAAAAGCAUGAAGCUAUGGAAGGUCACGUCAAGAGGGGAAGCGAUUGACUCCGUAUUCCAAUCACGCUUAUACAUGGUCAUGGACAAUAUGAAUGGACUACUCACACCAUCAGUUACACAUAAGUCAGCAUAUCAAAAUAUAUGUUCCUGUCUCUCUACACCAAAAAAAGAACAAAACGCAGACAACUCACAUCAUGUGCAAUAUAACGGGUUAUAUCAAACACGCGUACACACAUUAAUACCAAUACCGCCACUGUGUCUCAUCUACACCACCACAACAUGAAACUACUUUUCUACCAUCCAUCUCAGUGCGCACCUGUUACCAGGAUAUUCAUUCGCAGAGCAACAGAACCAAAAGAUAGCAAAUACACGCAAAGCUAUAUUUCAUACUGACUGACCAUGCUCCUCCUAUGCUUCCUGAAACAGACCAUUCUGUUCUAAAAUCAAACUUACGUAGUCGCGUU